AUGAAACAAAGGAAAUUAGAGAAAGAGAGAAAAACAAAGCGAGACGGUAAACCAAUUAAAAGUUAUCAACCAAUCAGUCUCACGACGAAAGGGAGACUUCAGAACCAACCCAGCAGUUCAUGGUCACUUGUGUCCUCUGGCUUGCCAUCUUUUUCAAUAGCUACUACUUCCCUAUCACUUCCUCUUUUCUCUAAUCAUCUCAAUCCCUAA